GAGCAGACGGACGAACGAGCGAACGAGCGAACGAGCCAUAUAAUACGACACGGCACAAUACCAGACCACACAAUACAAUACGACAUGCUACGGAUCUUCAUUCUUUACUCCAAUUGAUUUUCUACACCUGUUUUUGUAUAUUAGAUCACUUGAGCGUCAGGACUCGUUGCUUUCGACGCUGAUCAGUAUUCGAGACAAUACACAUCCAUCCAUCCGUCGCUUUCCAUCUUCUCAUCUUCUCAUGGGCCCAUGAACCGUGUAUCUAUUGCCUCUUCUCUUAUACAUGUACAUUUAUUCUCAUGCCCUUUGCAUCUACAUACAGUCUCUUCUACAUGCGCACAUAAUUUCAAUGUUAAUGCCAAUUCCACUCUCCACUCCCACUGCCACUCCCACUGCUUUAAUCUCAUAAUAUGAUCGUCUGAGUUUCAUACACCGUUUUAUGCGGAGUACACCGUUGAGCUAGCUAUCAAUUCUUAAUCAACUGAAAACUGGAUCUUUCUGCAGUCUCACGCAUUGCCGGUUCAUCGCAUCUCCAUAUUCACUUCAUUUCACCCGCCACCUCGAUAUCCCAUCACUUCGUUUUUCUGGGAUUGAAGAAGAGUUCCUAGAUAGGAAAUCGCAAGCAAAGCUCGAGCCAAUUUGAUUGACAGUCUCUCUUUACUUCUUUUGCAGUUACCAUUCAUCCACAUCUCUCACUCUACUGAAUCCAAUCUCUACCAAAGUACGACGGCCAAAUCUCGAGCAUUCGACCUUUGGAAAAUCUGUUGCGAGCUCUAUCAUUUUGCCUAAUUCUCCUUCAAUCUGCCAAUCUGCGAAUUGCGAGUUCUUUUCCAAAAUCAAACAUUCAAGAAAUACAUCGCGAACAUGCCUAUCAAUGGCAAGCCCAAUGGGCGAUUUGAACUUCCUGCUCUCACAUCUUUUGACUUCAAUUUGACAGACGGGACCGACAUCCCGCCGCCUCUUCCAGAUUCUCCAAUAGAAGAAGAGGCACCCAAAUCGACACCCGCACCCAUACCCGCACCCGCACCUGCACCUGCACCUGAACCUGCACCUGCGGCAUCGACACCUGCAGCAUCGACACCUGCAGCCACUCCUCAAACUGCCGAUCCUGUUCGAAACACAUCUACUAGUACACCUCCAGCUUCACCAUCGGCAAAUAAUCAAUCCGACUUUGCUCACCUCACCACGACGAAAUCCUAUGGUUAUUUCCCACCUACCUCCUCAUCUCCUCGCAAUCAUGCUCCUCCAGUUCGCGUGAGAGCCCCUUCGGACGCUGCUGUCCCGAAUAGUCCUAGUCGACCCGAAAAAGAAAGUAGUAUCCGCAAAUUCUUGUCUCGGAAAUCACUCAACACCAAUUACACAAGUGGGAAUGCGAAAUCGCAUGAGGAUUUAUCAAAGAUGGGGAGACCAGAGAGUCCAAAUAGUCUUGCAAGCAGUAAACCUAGCUUUGUGAAGCGGAAGAGUGGAAGCUGGUUUAGGAGUUUUGGGAGCAGCAGUAAGAGAAACAGCGUAGUAUACGAGACUAAGCCUGUAGUGUAUACUCCUACUCUACAGAAGACUCCCGAGAUUCAAAAAGAGAAUAUUAAGCCAGCAUACAAGAAGCCCGGUCCGCCGCCGCCAAAAUUGCCGGAACUCGAUCAGUUGAAGGCUAAGCUUGCGGAUGAUGAUCGUGGUAGUUUUGGAGGCGAUGAUAUGUUUAGGAAUAUCUCGUGAGGUAUUUAUACGAGACGGUUCUGAGGAUACAAAUGGUGCUUUUGGGCAUUGCUAUCUGCUACGACCCAAAACUCGUUACAGAACUGGUGGAAAACUCGGAUGAGAUCCAUACUAAUACCCCCAAAGAUACGGACCGAGAGAUGGGAAGGGGAAGGCAUGAAAGGGAAGCAGAAAUCCCAUGUACUAUGAUCAAGCUUGAGGGGGGGGGGGACAAAAAUGCUAUUUUAUCUUUUCAUUUGUUUGGCAGGGCGCCCUUCUUUUUAAUCAAUGAUAUCUCUGGGUGGUGGUCUUGUUUUACGCUGACUACAGUAUCAAACAAAACAACAUUUUAAUGUUGGCUUCAUGUGCCAUGAUAGUUUAUUCUUGGGGUACCAAAAUACUCAUAGUUAUUAGCCUUUUCUGAACAAAAUACAGUAGGGGAUUUGCAUGGCCGGAGGGUCCUUUUUUACUCGAAUAUGACAUUGGUUUUCUGUAAUGAUAGUAUUUAGUGACGGCUUCUCUCUUUCUCUCUCUUUCUCUCUUCCCAUGUGUGUGUGUCUCGCCCUCUUUCUCUCUGCCUCUUCCCGUCUCCCCUUUUUUUCAUUAAUCAUUGAUCUCAUUUACCUGAAAGACGCCUUUUCGGAUCUAUAGAUAUCUGUGGGUUGUACGUGUUGUGUGAUUGAUUACCUACCGAUAUUCCUACAUCCAUUGAUGUUUCAUAUCAAUAUGCAUCAUUGCCAGAAACUCCAAAUCCCUACCUCGAACCUUCUUUUCCCAGCUUUGCAUAAUGGCGCUUGAGAAAAACCCUUGACCCUUAGAUCCAAAUGCAAAUGCAAAUGCA